AUGGGUGUUGAAGAAAACACCCAGAUGAAUGAAGCACUAGGUAGGAUCAACCAGCAUCGAGAAGGAGCUGACGAGUUUGACAGGUGCCAACUCCUGUUCGGAAUGAGCGAGAAGAAGCCAGUCAUCCAUGUAAAAGUGAAAGCACAAACCCAGGGAAUACAGUCUCGUGUUUUAUCUACAAGUGAACUCCAUAGUCAUAGGCGAAAAUCUAAAGCAAGUGGCUUAGUUACAGACAAGAAAUUCUGCUUAACAAUCCAGCAGAAGAUUGAUGUAAUGCUUCAAGAGCUUGAUGAGAUGAGAGAGUCUAAGAAAAAAUUUCAAAAAACUUCAGAAUCAAAUCUGGAAGCUUUAAAGGCUGAAAUUGAAGAGUCAGAGAACAGAUUUACAGAACUGAAAAAGGCACAGUGCAGCUUUGAUCGAGAUAUUACCAGAGGAUCUCUCCAUCCACGAACAGGAAAUGUGAUGGCAGAAAAAGUGCAGAGGGAUGUAGACAAAGUUCAUGAUCUUAUGGAUGAAGUUCAGGAACAACAAGAAAUUGCAAAUGAGAUAUCUGAAGCUAUUUCUAAUCCUGUUGGAUUUGGCCAUGAUAUUGAUGAGGAUGAGUUGUCAAAAGAACUAGAAGAAUUGGAGCAGGAAGAGUUAGACAAACAGUUGUUAGAUGUAGAAGGACCUGUGACUGAAAAUCUGCCUAGUCCACCACAAGCUGAACCUAGUACAUCAAGUAAAGCAAAAGUUCAUGAGGAUGAAGAUGAAGAUAUUAAAGAACUUGCAGCCUGGGCAUCUUAA